AUGGUUAUGCCGUAUUCGGAUAAGUAUAAACCGAGAGUUGUUGAUGUAGCUGAUGGAUGUACUGCGUUUGACGACCCGGUCACCGGUGAGACGUUCAUUUUGGAUGUGUUCCAAGCAUUGGACAUGACGGGUGACUUACAGGACCCUUCGUUGCUGUGUCCGAAUCAAUUGCGGGCAAAUGGUUUAAUUGUGGAUGAUGUCCCCAAACAUUUGUGUCACAACCGCAAAUCAACUCACUCUAUUUAUAUUCCUGAGAUGAAAUUGCGUAUUUCUUUGGAAUUACAGGGAGUUAUGUCAGGGUUCCAGGCAUGGUUGCCUACCCAGACGGAGAUUGAGACUUGUGUUCAUGUCGAACUCACUGCACAGGAAGCGUGGGAUCCUAGUUCUGACGAGCUAGGACAGCAAGAGCGUAUACAAGAGACUCGGAUGUCUAACGUAGCUGGCACCGUGUCUACGUUAUUUCCCGAUCGAAAAUCGGAGAUCUCAGCAGUCUUAUCGUCCGUCAGCUCUACGCUUGUGGAUGAUGACUUUGUUUGCGGAAUGGAACAGUCUGUUCGGAUCACAUCGGCUGUGGCUAGUAGUACUGUGCGUACCAAGUUGCGGCACUCAACGAUGGAACCGAUGGAGCUAUCGCGUCGUUGGGGCAUUGGCCUCUCGACGGCACAGAAAACUUUGAGAGUGACAACCCAGAAAGGUUUGCGGACUGCUGUCCACCCAUUGCAUCGCCGCAAGGGUGACGCCGGAAUGGCAUUGGAAGAACUCUUUCAAGACAUCGGGGUGCCAACGCAUAUGCACACCGACGGAGCUAAAGAGCUCACCACUGGGCACUGGCGGAAAGUUUGCCAGAGCUACGGUCCGGUGAAGCAGACCAUGUCUGAACCACUGACCCCGUGGCAAAACCGGGCGGAAUCGGAGAUCCGGGAACUCAAGAAACAAGUGCUUCGUAUUAUGUCCCAUGAGGGUAUUCCGCAAAGAUUUUGGGACUAUGUUGCCGAGUAUGUUUCGGAGAUUCGGUCUCGGACUGCUCACCCAUUGUACGAUCUCAAAGGUAGGACGCCCAUCGAGCAUGUCACCGGUGAGAACCCGGAUAUCACGGAGUGGCUGGAGUACAGGAUGUACCAGCCUGUGUGGUACUUGGACCCUGGGGACUUCCCAGAGGAGAAGAAAUUGCUUGGCCGGUGGUUGGGUCCCGCACACAGAGUCGGACAGGCGUUCUGUUGCUGGAUCGUUCCCAAGUCGGGACGAGUGAUUGCACGGUCUACGGUGCAGCCAGUUUCAGAAGACAAGCGUGGAUUGGACAGUUUCAAGACUAGGUUGAAGGAUUUUGACAAGUCAGUCCAGGACUUCCUCAACAGGGGCGACGCACACCUGGAAAGCUGA